GAUGAUAAAUUAUAAUUACUGAAACACCCUUCAUGUGAUCGUGAGAUUCCACGUCUUCUCUCUUCUGCUGUUAAAAAACUGGAAAAUAAAUCAGCAGCACAGGUACAGGGCGGUAAUAGAUGUUCUGCCCUUUACCUCUUGCCCUGAGAGAUCCCAUCUGUUCCCAAUAUCCACAUCCGUCUUACUCUCAAAACUGAAAGUUCCAGUCUUUUCACUUUCUCCACCGAUUUAUUUUUCUUGUUUACAUAAUUUCUUAGCAAAGCAUUGGUUGGACGGAACCUUAUCGAAUCGAUCCCUCUCUCUCUCUCUCUCUCUCUCUCUCUCUCUCUCUCUCAUUCCACAGAUUGCAGCUGAGGUCAGUGGUGCUAUUGUACCAUAGAGUGUGAUAAUGUCUGGGGAGGGAGGCGAGAUUACUCGAGUGCCAGAAACUCAGGUAGAUGAUUCUUUGAAGCCUGAGAGACAAUUGUCUGUAACAAAUGGAAAUCUUUCCAAGGAAAAUGGUGCGGUUGAUGGCAACUUAAGUUCAGAUGACACUCAUGAUCAGCUUUUACAGACAGUUACUGAGCUCAAAUUUGAGAAUGAAUUCCUGAAGUCUCAGCUGGAGAGCUUGAAAAUUUUCCAAUCAGAACAUGAUGGUCCAUCCAAACAAACUAAUGCAACCGGACAGGAAACCGGGAUAUCAUCAGAUGUAAAAGAACUACAUGAAAGGAUAGAAUCUUUGAGCAGAGAACUUAGGGAAGAAAAGCAAACACGAGUUGCAGCAGAGGAGGCUUUAAAGCAUCUUCGAGAGGUCUACUCAGAAGCAGAUGCCAAAGCUCAAGAACUCUCUGGCAAACUUGCUGAAGCUCAACAAAAGUUGGACCAAGAAAUAAAGGAGCGUGAGGAGAAAUACAGUGAGCUUGACUUGAAAUUUAACAGGCUUCACAAGCGUGCGAAACAGCGCAUUCAAGAGGUUCAGAAGGAAAAAGAUGACCUUGAGGCCAGGCUUCAUGAAGUUAAUGAAACAGCUGAGCGAGCAUCAUCUCAACAGUCAGGACUGCAGCAAGAGCUUGAGCGAACACGGCAACAAGCAAAUGAAGCAUUGAAAGCAAUGGAUAAUGAGAGACAGCAACUAAGAAGUGCAAACAAUAAACUCCGAGAUAAUAUUGAAGAAUUCCGCCGUUCAAUGCAACAUAAAGAAGAUGCGCUUGAGGCAUUGCAGCAGUCACUUUUAGAGAAAGAACAGAUGUUGGAAGACUUGCGAGGAUUACUACAAGUUGCAGAUGAAAAAAGGCAAGCUUCACUUGCUGAGCUUGCUGCUAAACAUCAGAAGAAUAAAGAGAGCUUGGAAGCACAAAUCGCUGAUGCUUUAUCCGAUAGAACCAAAGCCACUGAAACAAUUUCUUCGCUGCAGGUGCUAUUGGCAGAGAAAGAGUCUAAGAUUGCUGAGAUGGAUGCAGCUUCAACUGGCGAAGCUGCGCGAUUAAGAGCUGCUGUAGAAUCUAUUAAAGGAGAGCUUUCACACCUCAAACACGAGCAUGAGAAGGAAAAGGAAAGCUGGGAAGCUGCCUCUCAGGCAUUCAAAACAAAACUGGAAAUUACUGAGAGUAACUGCAUUCGUGCUGAAAUAGAAGCUGCUAAAAUUAGAAGUCAACUGGAACUAGAGGCAUCUGUGCAAACCCAGAUACUAAGUACUAAAGAGGCUGAGCUAGCAGCUGCAAAAGAAGAGAUUGGCCGCCUUGAAAGGGAAUUUUCGUCUUAUAAAAUUCGUGCACAUGCACUUCUCCAGAAAAAGGAUGCUGAGCUAGCUGCAGCCAUAGACUCUGAACAAAUAAAAGCACUUGAAGAAGCACUAAAAGAGGUAGAAAGAGAAAUAACAUUGGUAUCUGCAGAAAGGGAUAGCACCCAUCAAAAACUUAAGGAUGUUUUAUGUAAUCAUGAAAAAGAACUUGAAGAAAGAGAUGCAGCACUUGACAAUGCCAAACAGCACAUCAAAAGUUUAGAGAUGAAUCUUGAUUCUGCUAAUGCUCGUCACCAAUCAGAGAAAGCUGCAUGGGAAAUAGACCUUAAAAAUUUGGAAGAAACUUGGCAAUUUAGAUGCGAAGCAUUCCUUGCUGAAAAUGAAGCAUCCUUUAGUGAAGAUAUACAAAAAGAAUUAGAGGAGAUGAAGCUGCGGUAUAAGCAGUUGAAGGAGGAGCAUGCAUCAUUCCGCGACCUUGCUGAUAGAAUGAUUGAGGAUAAGGAUAAAGAAAUUUCCAGACUUUUGGAUGACAACAAGAAUCUUCAACUAUCUCUGGAAUCGAGACCAUUGGCUGAUCACGCUGAGAAUUACAGCAAAGCAGCACAAAAACAAGAUGGUCCGAAUUUAAGCACCUCUGCAGCAGAACAGCAGAUUCUGCUUUUGGCAAGGCAGCAGGCUCAGAGAGAGGAAGAGCUGGCACAAUCGCAGCGACAUAUUUUAGCCCUUCAGGAAGAAAUUGAGGAGCUUGAACGUGAAAAUCGCCUCCACAGUCAACAGGAGGCUAUGCUGAAGGAGGAACUCCGCAACAUGGAAAGAUCAAAAAAGAGAGAAGGUGUUGAUAUGACAUAUCUGAAAAAUGUUAUCCUAAAGCUUCUUGAAACAGGUGAAGUGGAAGCUCUACUACCUGUUGUAGGAAUGCUUCUUCAAUUUAGUCCUGAAGAGAUGCAUAAGUGUCAACAAGCUUACCGCACCUCUACCGAUGUUCCGCCCAGCCCAGCAAAUGAAGCUUCAGGAUCAACCCUCUCUCUUUUCUCAAGAUUUUCAUUUUCAUAAUAUAGAAUUCUUCGGUUGGAUGAGAAAAUCUUCAACAUCUGCUUUCCUGCUUCGGCCACAAUAGGUGUCUGCUCUCUGCCUGUGGAAACUCAAAAGUAUAGCGGUGGCUACAGUAAAAUAUUGUAUUUUUCUUUUUUGUAACAUCAAGUUAUCAAUUACGUAAUGAUUCAGUUGUAAAGAACACUCACGAGGGAGAAUGUGGUAUACUUACAGCAAAAUUCAAAUGCCUUAGCAAAUUAUUUCGGCUCCAUUCAGUAGUAAGCAUGAGUGCUUGACAAAUGUAUUAUUUUUCAUUUUUUUUAAUCCUUGAUUUUCACAAUUCAAUGUAGAGUAAAGCAUGUGGAAGAAACUCAAAUUAUAUAUAGCACUGAUAUUCUGUCUUUCCCCUUGUUUAUAUAUGCUCAUGACAUCCAUCAAAUCAAAGUAUCCUGGCUGCUUAGAUUAACAACCUCCGACAUAAAUUUUUGUUCCGAUUUGCAUCGAACUUGAUCUAAUGCCCUAAGCAAGAGUUUCUUCUUGAUUCUUUGUCUUGAGGUCCGCAACAUCGCAAGUUUUUUUGGAGGGAAU